ACCACCGACGCCGGUCCCCCAGCCACGAUGUCGAAGCGCCCCUCCUCUCCCGGCGCAGACCGCAGCAUGCCGCCGCCGGCGGCGCGCGGCCGCACCUCGCUGCCCGCGCCCGCCGCCGACGCCGACGAGGGCAUGGGCGAGUUCGAGGACACCUUCGAGGAUGAGUUCGACGACGACGACGGCGAGGUCGUCGACGCCGCCGAGGACUCGGACGACGAGGAGAUGGAGAUUGACGGCGUCAAGGUCGACGGCCGGAUACGAAGGCCCGAGGACGACGACGAGGAGCAGGGCGAGGCCGCCGUCGAGGCACAGGCCUGGAUCCACGGCGCACAGCCGCUGCCCGAGGGCCAGACGCUCGAGCCGGACCAGUCGGCGUACGAGAUGCUGCACCGCAUGGGCGUGACGUGGCCCUGCCUCUCCUUCGACAUCCUCCACGACCACCUCGGCCCGGCCGCCGAGCGCGUCCGCUUCCCGCACACGGCCUACUUUGUCGCCGGCACGCAGGCCGACGUCGCCAAGAACAACGAGCUCUCCGUCAUGAAGGCAAGCUCGAUGCACCGCACGCAGAAAGACGGCAAUCUGUCCGACGACGACGAUGACGACGACGACGACGAGGGCCUCGAUGACGACGCCAUUCUCGAGUCGCGCUCCAUCCCGCACCUCGGCGGCAUCAAUCGCGUGCGUGCCGCACCCAUCGGCGCGCCCGUCGAGGGGGCGAUGGACCCUUACCCCGUCGCCGUCUGGUCCGAGCUGGGCAGCGUAUCCGUCUACGACGUGCGGCCGCUCUUCAACGCGCUCGACAAGCCGGGCGCGUUCGACAAGGCCAACGCCUCGAAGCCGCUGCACACCGUCGAGCACGGCAUCGAGGGCUACGCCAUGGACUGGGCCGGCAGCGCCGCGGGCGCUGGCAAGGCCAGCAGCCUGCGCCUGCUCACCGGCGACGGCCGCGGCAUCAUCAAGCUCACGACGUCGAGCAACGCCGGCUUUAACACGCAUGCCUCGCCCUUUGCGAGCCACACGAGCAGCGUCGAGGACCUGCAGUGGAGCCCCAAGGAGCCGACCGUCUUUGCGUCGUGCUCGGCCGACCGCAGCAUCCGCAUCUGGGACGUGCGCGUCAAGAGCCACCGCUCCGUCAUCUCGCUCGCCAACGCGCACGACCAGGACGUCAACGUGAUUUCGUGGAACCGCAAGACGGACUACCUGCUGCUCUCGGGCGGCGACGAGGGCGCGCUCAACGUCUGGGACCUGCGAGCCUUCAAGCCGACGCCGGCGUCUGGCCCGGCCCCGCCGCGCCCGACGGCCGUCGCCUCGUUCCGCUGGCACACGGCGCCCAUCUCGAGCGUCGAGUGGCACCCGACCGAGGACAGCGUGUUUGCCGCCUCGGGUCGCGACGACCAGGUGACGCUCUGGGACCUCAGCGUCGAGCAGGACGACGAGGAGGACGGCGCGGCGCCGGCGCCCAAGGGCCCCAACGGCGAGGAUGUGCCGUCGCAGCUGCUCUUCUGCCACCACGGCGCCAGCGAGAUCAAGGAGGUGCACUGGCACCCGCAGAUUGCCGGCAUGCUCAUGUCGACGUCUGCCGACGGCUUCCAUCUCUUCAAGACGAUCUCCGUCUAGACCUCUGCGCCCCUUUCCAUCUCCUCUGCCGUGUGCCUCCCGCGUCACUUGUCAUGCCAUACCACCAUGUAUUUGUCCCUCACACAUCGCCUGCACCAUGCAACUAUCCGCAUCUAAUCCUUG